AUGGCUUCACCACCUGAGCCGGAAACCCCACAAUCUGUCCGUUCAGAAAAACAUCCAGCCCGAACGAAAUUCAAGAAUUUUUUCCGUUGCAGCCGUGAGAAAGGCCCGGGAAGGUCAUCUAAAAAAGGACACGGUGGGCGAAGCAAUACCGAUGGAGUUCUGUCACAAAAGAAUCCACAUAGGCCAAGUGACGUCGCCGCGGCGGAUUUAAACUGCGGUCCGAUGCUACGCCCGGAGGCAUCUGGUGGUGAACAGAUAGAUUUGGGGACAGCUGAGGCCCAAAUUGGAGGGCGCCUACUCCGGGACAAAGCGUUUGCUCCGCAGAAUCAAAUUCCACGUCCGCCCUCGGAAGAGGUGCUCUCACAGGAACUCUGGGAUGAUGCUUUUGAGAGCCUUGCAAACAAUGAAGAUACCUCAGAAUUUGUUGAGGCUUACUUACACACCCUUCUGGAUAUCCUGGAGCAUGAUUCUGAGCGACACACUUAUGCUGCUAAAGCAAGCGGCACCUCCGCCGAAACUAAUGCUAUCGAUGUCCUGGACCAUAGCGCCUCCGGUGGAGCAGGAGAAGCAAGGAUUUUAACUAAUCAUAAUUAUCGGGCUAAGAGGCAAUUAUACAUGAAAGAGCUGGUACUAACAGGCCAGGCCAAAGUUGCGAAAGCAUCGGAGGUCUCGAAGGCCGUUGGUGCCAUUUCUGAAGCAAUCCUCUUCUUCAAGCCAAUAGUUGAUAGCGUCAUCAACAACGUGCCACAUGCAGCGCCCGCUGCGCUGCCUUGGGCCGGUGUUUGUUUUAUUCUACAAAUUCUUUCAAAUCCAGCAAAAACGACGAAGGCUAAUUUAAUGGGUAUUACCCACGUCACUACUAGAAUGGACUGGUAUUAUGCCCUUACAGGGCAUCUUCUCGACCAGGAUAAGAAUGAGGGCUAUUUCGGCUCAACGUUGCAGCAGCUGCAACAGAAAGUCCUCGCACUCUAUAAAAGCAUUCUUCUUUACCAAAUAAAGAGUGUCUGCUCUUAUUAUAGGCACCAAGGGCUGGUUUUUCUUCGGUCCCUUGUGAGACUUGAUGACUGGGAUGGAGAUGUACAGGAAGUAAUUACUGCCGAGAAAGCUCUUAUGGGAGACUGGGCCACGUACGACAGACUAAAAGCCCAAAAAAUGACUAGUGACCUCCUCAGGGUCGACACAGAUAUAAGGGACUUGCUUGGGGACAUUCGUGAAACUCUCUGGAAUUUCACUGAGAAACAAGUGAAACAUCGAACGGAAGAUGAGAACUUCACGUGCGUCAGGGAUCUUCGAAUAGUCAACCCGCAAGAUGACAUGAGAAGGAUUGAAAACGAAAAGGAGAAGGUCCUGAAGGAGGUAUAUGAGUGGAUCUUGGAGGACGAGGAAUACGUUAAGCUCACGAACUGGGAUGAGUCCAAUUUUCAAGCACGACGCCUGCUGUGGGUACAUGGACCUGCAGGCACAGGUAAGACAAUGCUCUUAAUUGGUAUCAUCCGUGAACUCUCCGACCAGCCAGCCAUUGUCGCACGAACGCUCUCGUAUUUUUUUUGCCAGGGUACGAACUCUGACCUGAACAAUGCAAGCUCCAUCAUGAGAUCCCUCAUUUGGAUGCUGGUUAUUCAACAACCUCAUCUCAUUUCGCAUUUGCAGCCGGAUUACAAGGCUUCGGGCGGGACACUUUACACAGAUAUGAAUGCAUCGAUUGCCCUAUCACGAGCAUUUAAGGCCAUCAUUAAGGAUACUCGCCCGGUUUAUUUCGUUGUUGACGCUCUUGAUGAGUGCGAGCAAGGAUUGGAUGACCUUCUCGAUGUCAUUUCGUAUUCCCUUACUGCUUCUAGUACUGUGAGGUGGUUAGUAUCUAGUCGCCCUGGUGUUGACGUCGGAAAGCGUUUGAAACAAAUGAGCCCGAACAAUGCGCCGCAUCUUGCCGAGCUCGAUGUUCAAGGUCAACGAGACUGUGUUGAGAAGUAUAUCGAUCACAAGCUGUCGGACUUGAGAAUGGUCCCUGAGAUCGGUUUCUCGUACACUGAUAAUAUAUUGGCCAAAGUGGGCGAGGCCGUCCGCGAGCGAGGGAAAGACCAGUUCCUUUGGUUGUCCCUUGUUUUCAAUGAGCUCCGACGUAUGCGCGGAAACUGGGCGGUUCGAAGCAUUAAGAACUUUCCUUCUGGUUUGGAACUGUUAUACGAUCAGAAGAUGUCAAAGAUUAUGGCAGCGAAUCCAACACUUCGCCAGCGUUGUUGGGAUGUUCUAAUGGUCAUUUCGCUUGCAUAUAACCUUCCGCUCUUUCUUUCUGAGCUUGCCCAGCUUGUUCCCUGGUCCAACUCGGUCGACCCGUUUACUAUCGUUCGUGAAUGUGGAUCUUUUUUGACCACCAAGGACGAGGCCAUCAACGUGGUCCAUCAGUCAGCCAAGGAGUAUUUAGACGAACAUCGACAAGGUUUUCACGGGAAUAUCCGCGGUCAUGGGGACAUCCUUGGAAACUCAAUCAAGGCAAUGAUGGACCUGAAAAGAGACAUGUACAAUCUGGGACGCUGGGAUAUUCCGUCAAACGAGAUAAAUCUAUCUGAGGAGGACCCAUUACUUUCUAAGAGGUACUCCUGUGUCUUCUGGCUCGACCAUUUACGCAACGCAAUUGAGGAAGGCAAUGAAACAAGUGGUCCGCUCUGUCAUCUUGCGCUCAGUUUCUUGAAGCUUCACUUUCUCCACUGGAUCGAAGCAUUGAGCUUGUUACGUCGAAUUGCGGAUGGAAUUUCGUCAAUAAAAAAGCUCCUAGAUAUCCUCCGGUCACAUUUUGAUGCUUAUCCUGAACUGGUAGCCUUUCUGAAGGAAGCGGAAGUUUUCACAGUUUAUCAUAGGUCAACGAUUGAACGUUUUCCCCUGCAGGUAUAUGGCACUGCCAUCGCAUUCUGUCCGACGCAGAGUGAGAUACGUAAGGGAUUUUGGGGAGAGAAACUGCCAUAUGUCAAGAACAUAUCGGGCAUUAAGGAGUCCUGGGAUCUAUACAGACAGGUUCUUUCGGGCCAUAAUGGUGUUGUCAGCGCUGUUGCGUUCUCUCCAAAUGGCAAAAUACUUGCAUCUGGCUCCUCGGAUACGAAAGUCUGUCUCUGGGCUAUAGAUGCUGCGACAGCUAGCGGCACCCCUACACAAACGCUUUCAGGCCACACAGAUAUGGUGAAAGCCGUUGCUUUUUCACCUAACGGCCAAAUACUGGCGUCCGCUUCAGAUGAUCAGACGUUGCGACUCUGGACCGUUGAUUCAGCGACCGCUACUAUUGAACCAAAGCAGACCAUUGGAGGUCAUACAGAUCUAGUCAAUGCCGUUGCCUUUUCGCCCGAUGGCCUCUUGCUUGCAUCUGCUUCAUCAGACAAGACAAUUAGGCUGUGGUACCUAGGAUCUCCAGAACUUACCAGCCACAUGUUUACGGGCCACGGAGGCCGCGUGAAUGCUGUUACCAUCUCACCUGAUGGCAAACAACUUGCAUCCGCUUCUUCGGAUAAAACCAUUGCCCUAUGGUCCCUCGAUCAUCCAGGGACUGCCAAUUCUGAAUUUAAGAGUCUCCCAAAUGAGGUCAAUGCCAUUGCCUUCUCACCCAAUGGCGAGAUGCUAGUUUCUGGUUCGUCAAAUGGAGAGCUUAUCCUCUGGAGCAUUGGCCCAGAGCUUGCAACCACUAGAGCAGUAAAACUAUUAUACCACAGCGUUGAUUCAAUCCAUGCUGUUGCAUUUUCACCGGAUGGCACCAAGUUCGCAUCUGCAUCAUCAGAUGCCACAGUUUGUCUCUGGGAUGUCAAUACUUCCAUAUCUGACACCUGCAUCGCGAGACUUACUGGUCAUGAAAAUUGUGUUAGAAGUGUUGCAUUCUCAUCAGACGGUAACAUUUUUGCAUCAGCUUCAAAUGAUGCGACAGUCCGUCUCUGGGACAUCGAUUCCGCAACCAAUACUGGAGUAAGCCAUUGUCCAGAAACAUGCCAUAAAGGCAUGGUCACCGCUGUUGCUCUAUCGCCUGAUGACAGGAUGUUGGCGUCAGCUUCAUCGGAUGCGACUGUUCGCCUGUGCUCCAUCGAUCCUACAACCGGAACCUCUAUCUUCAAACAGAGCCUGUACCUUAAAAGUUGGGCUACCACUGUCGCUUUCUCCCCCGAUAGCAAAUUGCUUGCCACCGGUACGACUUGGGGAGUUGUGCUUUAUGAAAUUGUACCUGAAUGCGCAGAGAUAGUGUCAGAGGACUGGCUUGACCCCAGUGAUUCAGUCAAUGCUGUCGUCUGGUCCUUCAACGGCAAAAUGCUUGCUUCUGCUUCGUCGGAUCAAAUUAUAUAUCUAUGGAACAUCAGUUCGUCGGCCCAUGGACUUAGGAUACUUGGCAACGAAUCCCAGAAACUUAUAGGCCACAAAGGUUCGGUCUCAACUGCUGCAUUCUCAACGGACGGUACCAUACUUGCAUCAGGUUCAACUGAUACGACGGUCCGGCUUUGGUCCAUCGACGCUUCGACAGGUGCCGCGAGAUCCAGACAGACACUUGCCGGACAUAGAAAGAGUGUCAACGCCCUUACCUUCUCACUUGAUAACAGGAUGCUUGCGUCUUGUUCUGAUGAUGGAAGUGUUCGGAUUUGGAAUAUUGACCCUAUAACUGCAACUGGCGAAUGCACUCGCUUGCUUAGGGUGGAACUACCGGUAAGGAGCUUAACGUUUUCAGGAGAUGUCCGAUAUAUCAGAACCGAUGGGGGUCUGUUAAGCCUUUUGGAAUCCGACAUGCCUUUUGGUCAUGAUCGAAGUCCAUAUGUUAGAGGCGAAUGGAUAAUUUGGGACGGACAGUAUCUCCUUAGGCUACCACCAGGUUAUUCGGCGACAUGCAUGUGUUUCGGUGAUGAUUUUCUUGUCCUAGGGCAUGCCUCGGGCCGUGUUACUCUAUUUCAAUUCAUGCCUGCCUAG